AAACUGUCAAGUUACCUGUCAAAAUUGUCAAAUAUAUUCAGUCAGUCAUUCUAUCGUGUUUAUUUUACAAUUUCACGAUUUUCUAUUGAAUUUUUCCGUAAAGCGAAGGAAAAUUUUACCCCAAAACAAAGAAUCUCCGGCAUUUUGCUAUUCGUUUGUUUUUAGUGUAUUUUAUUUAAGUUGGCGUUUCUUUCAUUUCUUUGUAGUGUUAAAAAUUUGCACGUUGAAAAAUUGUGGAAAAUUUAGUGGAUAAUCUAGUGGAAAAUCUGGUGAAAAAUCCGAAAACAUGUCAGAAGGAGACGGUAGAAAAUCACCGAAAAAGGCCUACUUGAUUCCGAAUCCGAUCAUUACGAAGAGAACGAGAACGCCAUCAUUAUGUGAAAGAAUAGUGAAAAGUAAAAAUUUCUACGGCCUGAUAAAGGAAUUCUGUCGCGAAAAAGGUCAUGGUUUCAUUGUACCUGAAGAUGGUACAGAUGAUGUUUUCGUACAUGUUUCCGACAUAGAAGACGAAUAUGUGCCUCUAUCGGGCGAUCGAGUACAAUACCAAUUGUGCCCGAUCCCGCCGAAAUUCGAAAAAUUUCAAGCCGUUCACGUUAAAAUCGUCGAUUUUCGACCUGAGGUCCAUAAAAAAUGGCAGAAUUAUUAAAAACUCGAAAAAAAAGCAGAAAUAGAAGAAUAGUUGAAAAAAACUACAAAAUAAUAGAAAAUCGAAGAACAAUAUAAUAUUUUUUCUACGACACCCUUACCUAAUUUAUAAUUCAUUUCAUAAUUCAAUUGGUUUAUAGUACACUGGAAAUUUCAUUAAUUAAUUAAAAUAUGCAUAUAAAAAAUACAUUGAAUUUUGUUUUAUUAAAACAACUUUGUCCUGGACAAUUUGAGUACAUUUCAAGGGUCCAAUCAAACAAUCAUUCCACCAUAACUUUCCAAUUCGACGAAUGAAAUUCCCCAACAAAAUACAUUUUAGAAGCCACAUUAACAGGCCAAUCGUAAGUAACCCUUUUAUCUUCGCUAUCAAUGCUCACUCGAACAUUUUUUCCAUUUGUUAAGCAACAACUGAAAGUCACCUGAAAGCAAAUUUAUUCCAAUUAAAUUUUUAUUUAUGCAGUGAAGUUUUACCCACUUUUGAGCCCCUGUGGAAUUCCGGCAACACUGUAGCUUUUUCAACACCAUCAACAAUAAUUUUCCCGUGAUUGUUCAUCAAAAAACUACUUUCUUUGAUGUCUUUAAGGGAUUUUGGUAAAUCACCAGAAGGUACCAAUAAUCCGACAACAGCGUAAUUCGAAUCGCUUUCUAAAAACUAAAAAAAUGCUAUUAAAAUACAACAAAUUACAGCAAAUAAACAGUACCAUAAAAUCUAUUGAGUGUCCUACUGAAAACUGAGCCCCGUCCGAACAUAACAUAUCUUCCUUAUCCCCUUUAGGUUGGGCAGCCCUGUACUGAUUCGAGUACUCGUAAUUAGAAUUAUACUUCCAAGUAAAAUGCUUUAAUGAUGUACUAGCUAUUUGAGGUAGAGACCAAGGAGACCAUUCUUUAGAGCCCUCAAAUCUACAGCACACUCUAAACGAAUAUGCUUGAUUGUGCUCGAGAUC